ACGCCAUUCAAUUGCUGCCUGGCCCUUCGCUAGUAGGAAGCAGGAGGGAGCUUUGAGCGUUCUUCUUCUGAAGGAUAAUUAUAAUAUCUGAUAGUAAGCGACCACAACUAAGCUGCGUAAAAGCACAAAGUUGGGACCGAAUCGUGUCGACAUGGGGAUCCGAAAAAAGACCAACAAGAAUCCGCCAGUGCUGAGCCAUGAGUUUAUCAUCCAGAACCAUGCAGAUAUUGUUUCCUGUGUUGCUAUGGUGUUCCUUCUCGGGCUGAUGUUUGAGGUCACCUCGAAGUUUGCGGUGUUAUUCAUAACGGUCCAGUACAAUGUAACCAUAUCAACAAAUGGGCCAGAGGAAACAGCUGUGAACCACUUCCACCACGGCAUCAAGGACUUGGCCACCACCUUCUUCUACAUGCUGGUGGCCAUCAUCAUGCAUGCCAUCAUCCAGGAGUAUGUGCUCGAUAAAAUCAACAGGAAGAAGCACUUCUCCAAAACUAAGCACAGCAAGUUCAAUGAGUCGGGCCAGCUCAGCGCCUUCUACUUAUUCUCCUUCGGCUGGGGCGCAAGCAUCCUGCUCUCUGAAAACCUCCUGUCCAAUCCAGUCACCUUGUGGGAGGGUUACCCCCAUACACUGAUGCCAUUCCAGAUGAAAUUCUACUUCAUUUGUCAGCUGGGCUACUGGUUACAUGCUCUCCCAGAACUGUACUUCCAAAAGACAAAGAAGGAGGAUAUUCCACGCCAGCUUGUGUACAUCUUCCUGUAUCUGGUCCACAUUGCAGGCGCCUACAUUCUGAAUCUGAAUCGUCUGGGUCUGGUCCUGCUGGUGCUGCACUACUUUGUCGAGCUCCUGUUCCACGUUUCCCGCCUAAUCUACUUCAGCAACGAGAACAGACAAACAGGUUUCACCAUAUGGGCCGUCUUGUUUGUCCUUGCACGGCUGCUCACCUUGUCCUUGUCCGUCCUCACCGUGGGCUUCGGCCUCGUCACAGCUGAGAAUCAAGGCUUUGAUUUGGCUGCAGGAAACUUUAAUGUCAUUUUUGUUCGGAUAACUGUCCUGGCUGCUAUCUGCCUCACUCAGGCCUUCAUGAUGUGGAAAUUUAUCAACUUCCAGCUGCGCCGGUGGAGAGAGCAUGCCCAAGCUCAGACUUUGAAAAAGAAACAAAUUCCUCCCAAGAGCAAAUCAAAGAAAGACAAAGCUAAUGGCGUAAAUGGCGUGAACUCCCACGGAGCUGAUUCACCAAGAGCAAGAAAAGAGAAGUCAUCAUAAAUACAUUGCACCUCAGCCCCCUCUCUAUCACCCCCUUCUCAAAGAACCAUCUUCCCCCGAGCCUCCGCGGCUCUAUCCGACCAACAGUCCCUCCAGCUCCUCGACCAUCAUAAGCAUUUUCAGCUCCCACACAGGACUGACCUCCCAGCUGGACUUCACGGGCCAGAAUGCAUUUAGCUUUGCUUGUCGCCAGUCGUCCAGCACGCCUUGAUUUAACAAUCAUUGCUCUGCUGUGCCAUUCCAAAUGAAAAGAAAACAAAUUCCGAAAUAAACUAUGAGAAACAAAAAAGAGCUUAUUUAAGAAGUGCCUAUUGAUACAGAUUGUUUUGUACAGGGUGUGUAAUUUUAAAAUUUCAGGAAUGAUGACCUCAGUGUUUAAUGUUUCUCCCAAGUCGGGUCAUUUCAUGCUUUUUCCUAAAUAGUGUGUAUUCCAGCUUGUGAUUUAUUACCUUUUUUUUCUCGUAUUUAUAAGUGAUAGCCCAGCUCCGCUUCUUUGCCACUGACUCCUGUCCCCCUUUUGAGGGAUAUUUGUAAACAUUGUAUGAAGUUUAUGAAUUUCCUUAUAUUUCUUUAUUUUCCCAUCAGUGAAGGUUGCAUACAGUCUUCAGGAUUCAGACCACACAUUUAAACUAUCGCAGCAAGACAUUGUUAGAAUGUUUUUACCAUGUCACUGGCUAACAGACACCUAAAGAUGGAGAUAAAGUUUUUUAAUAUCCAUUCAUGGAUAGAAUAAGAAGAGGGGUUAAAAGCAGCCAAGGAAAACAUCUCCCUGUGUUACUGUAAGUAGAUUCACAGUUCAGUAUUGCGCAAAACUGCCAGCAAAGACGUAGUAACCUGAUGUAGCAUUUAGUUAUCCGAGCAGCUUUGUAAUUACAACAACAUAUUCCUUGCCAUGAAAUGAUCCUGACUCUAUUGCAGUUCUGCCUAUAACACUGUCGGUAAAUGAACACACUUAGAGUGAUACAUUUUUAUAAAAGAUGGAUAGGAAAACCAGGAAAAACAUUCCUUAAGUGAGUUUGAUUGAAUCACUGUCUCGUAUGGUCCUUUAUCAUUUGCUGUUUAAUAGGUUUUACUGUAUAUGUUUGGCCUUGCAUCUUAUUGCUUACCUUUAAAAUGUCCACAAGAAUGAUUUGUUGUUAAAGCCCA